UAUCCCGUUGGAUAAUUAAAAAACUGAUUCUGUCACAUCCCCACGCACUUAUCUUACACAACUAUUGCACUAUAUUGUUUCUUCGGUGACUAAAAAUUUUAUAAUAAGCUUCAAGAUAGUAUUAUGCUAUGCUGUGGAAUUAAUCUUUUCCAAAAGCCAUGGCCUCUGUUUGCAAAUCAGAUUGUGUGAAGGACUCACAUCGUCCCCUUAGGCCAACCUUCGUAAACCGCCACAAGUGGCCAGAAUCCGAGGUAGAGUUUGUGAAGACGGUGAAUUCUAACAUUCAUGCGAAGCCAAAAGGAGCAGUUGAUAGCUUCUCGUGUAGGCAAAUGUACUUGAGGAGUUACAAAUUCUCAAGGGAGAAAGUGGGUGUGAGAGAGAAGACCCUCAAGUGUUUCAAUAAACUGAAGGAGAGGGUCGUUUGUGUCAGAAAUAAAUUGAAUUUGAAGAGUAAGUAUAAGGUUCUGGUGAGGGCCAAGGAUGUCACUUUUGCUGCGUUUUCAAUCUUUCAGAGUUUUCUACCCUGCUCUGCCAAGGUCGAUGUGCUUCAUGAUUUCUAAUCCAAUCUCACUUGCUUUUUAAUUUUUAUCUUCUGCUGCUUUAUACUGUACCAUGUAGUAUGUGCCCUUUUUCUUUUCUGAAAAAAUAAAAUGAAACAGGAGGCAAUGUUAAAGAUAUGGUUUAUGAAAAUUUCGAGAAAAAUUACAGCAA